AGUUUAUUAUGGAACCUAUAGAAAGGGAACAAUGGCAAGAUAAAUACAGUGAUCCUUCAAAACCUCAAAGAUCAAAUGUUAUUCCUCUGAACUGUCUAAACGAGGGUUUGAAUAAAGAACAGCAAGAGUUCUCAGAGAAUCAACACCAAUCAGAGAUGUCCCUCAUGCAAGCUAGACCACUCAAGGGGAAUACAGGUCCCGAAGAUCAACAGACCAUGGUCAAGAGGAUGUGUGAAUUCGCUCUCAAAAAUCUCAAUGAUCCUCGCUGAGUUCAGCAAUUCGGAAAUAUGAUGAAAUCAUUUACAAUGAGCCAGCUCGAUCAUCUGAAUGGAGAGCCUGAGGCUGAUGCACAAGAUGCAGUAAAGCAUCACCAUAUUGAGCUUGAUCAGCCCAUUGAAGAGUAUGAGCAUCGAAUUGAAGGGCCUGAGCAUCAAAUUGAAGAACCUGAGUAUCCCAUUGAAGAGCCUGAGUAUCACAUUGAAGAGCCUGAGUAUCACAUUGAAGAGCCCGAGCAAAGCAUGGAAGAGCCUCAAAAACUCAGUGAUAGCCGUGACCAGAAGACCAUGAGCAAUCUUACCAAAAAUUUGGAGCAAAUAAAUUGUCAAGGCGACCAACAAAUUAGCCACAAAUUAGAGAAAACAAAUGAGUAUCAGAAAUUGCCAAGUUUUCUCAAAGAAAAGAGGGCUCCUCAGAUUAGUCACAAUUCAGAUCAGUCCUUAGUAAAAGAAAGUUUGAUGAAGGGAUCACUAGGAACCAAUUACCUCCAAAGCAGGGCGUCAUAUGAGGAGGAUAAGUACGAUCCAUCAAGCUCUGAUUCUAAUACGAGUGAAUCUGGGUCUUCAGAUUGAUCAUGGAAGGACUCAUUAUAUGAGCCUCCUCCUCGUACAUUCGAUCCAGAUCAUCUAUCCGAUGCUCAUGUAUUCUCAGAAGCUGAAGUUUUCUCAGAUUCUUACUCUGACGACACAAAAGAGUGAGGCUAUUUCAAAGUUUCCCAAGUAGACAAUGUCUUGAAUUCAGGUUCUCAAGAGCCUAAUGAUUCUAGUGAGAAUGACUCUCAGCCUGAGGUAAAAGAGUACUCAGGCAUUAUAAGCCUCAAAAUGAUCAAGACUACAUGUAAAGAAAUUUAUUUAGAAGUAGCAUCUGAAAGUAGUAGUAAUUCAAUAGACGAAGAAGAGGCAUUUGAAAGUAAAAGUGAUCUAACACAAGAAAAAAAGGAAUCUGAAAAUAGUUGGGAUUUAAUAAGCCAAAAAGAGGUAUCUGAUAGUAGUAGUGAUACAAUCGAGGAAGAUAAAUCAUUAGAAAAAAGUAGUGCCCAAUAGAU